AUGCUGAGAGCCCGUGCCUGGAAGGGCCGCGGUCAUCCGUUCGCUUGUACAUACUGCCGAGCCCAGUUGUCGUCGGCCACAUCGCAAACCCACCAAGCACUGUGGUCUGCCCAGGGCCCCUGUACGACUACGACUGCCACGCGACAUAAUUCAAAUACUGGCCGAAGUGCGCCUUCCAAUGGAGGGUUUCCCGGAGGCUUCGCCGGCUCUGUCGCCGGCUCCUGGGGUGCGUUUGCGGCCAACAAACCCGCAAGGACGCUGGAUAGCAAAGUCUCGUCUGGUGGAAGCCUCCUUCCCCAUGAGCUGGCGGCAAGGAGUCGUAUGAAGGGACCCAGAACCAAGUCAAAUACAAGCAACACCGAAGCGAAUCGGGGGUUGGACAAGGUCGGCUCGCCUCUCACGCGGUCAAAAAGCCGGAGCCGAACCCACGAUGCCCGCCAAGCACAAGCUACAAAGUCAAAGUCUGUCCUCGCCGAUGUAUUCAAAACGAUGCGAGAACCUAAAACGCCACCGACGCCAAAGUCUUGGUCUGCGGCUGGUCAGCAGGGAAGCUCUGGCCAAACGACGAGGUUUGCGCCGGAGACCCCAACCGUCACUUUCUCCCCUAAUCCGUCUGCCACUACAUCUCAGAUAGCUCAUCGUAGAGCUCCUCCUCCAGAGCCCUCGAUGCAUCCUGCGGGCGGUGCGCCGAGGCAAAUCGGAUGGGGCUCCUUUAGCCACCGUAAGCAGCAGGUUCCGACUCAUGGCCACAGUCAUGGUAAUGACUCCACUACCUGGUCAGAAAUCACAAGAUCAGCCCGAGCAAAGCCAAGGUCUCAUCAGAGACAGAAAAUCGCCAAUCCUAGCAGUAUAACUGCUACGUCCAAGGGGGGACCUGAAGUAAUUGCCCCGGAGCAGGACUUCUGGGGAGAGCUAGAUACGAGGGUGGCCGGGUUCAGAGAGGUUAAAGGCAAGGGCCGACGAGAAUCGGCUGAAGCGGACGGCUUGGGCAAAAGACCCAUCGACAAAGCACCAAGUAGCGAUGGAGAUGGGUCAGGGCACAACCAAAGCGUAGCUUCAUCCCAUCAAGUCCAUGACAAGGCUCGGGAAAGGGAGAGGAGAAAAUCAAGGUUUGAUAUUGAAGACGAACCAGCCUCCGACGAUCGAAGAACGAAGAAGUCCAGAAAAUCCGCCAGAGGUCGCCGCGUGGAAUUAGACGAGGACUGGGAUGACGAGUCGUCGCGUCGCUGGGAACACAAACAGCGCCGAAAGGCUGAGAAGGAGGCACAAAAAGAGAGAGAGCUUCAUGAGGAGAAUCCUGCCAUGCCAAUCUUUCUUCCCGAGUAUAUCAGUGUGUCAAAUUUGGCGCAGGCGCUGAAGCAACGCCCGGAUCAGUUCUUGGUCGAUAUGGAAGAGAUGGGCUUCGAGAACGUGACACCCGAUACCAUCAUGACAGGUGAAACCGCAGCGCUCAUCUCCAUGGAAUAUGGCUUUGAUCCCACUGUCGACACUGGUUCACAACGCGAUCUGAAGCCCCGACCAAUUCCGGAUGACGUAUCCUCACUACCCAGCCGUCCUCCGGUGGUCACCAUCAUGGGCCAUGUUGAUCACGGAAAGACAACGCUAUUGGACUGGCUACGAAAAUCAUCAGUUGCUGCCCAAGAGCAUGGUGGCAUCACACAGCACAUCGGUGCCUUUGUUGUGAAGAUGUCUACGGGCAAGCAUAUCACGUUUUUGGACACGCCAGGACACGCAGCGUUUCUCUCCAUGCGUCAGCGUGGAGCCAACGUUACCGAUGUUGUUGUCCUGGUGGUUGCAGCAGACGACAGUGUCAUGCCGCAGACCAUUGAAGCCCUGAAGCACGCCACGUCUGCAAAGGUGCCCAUCAUCGUGGCGAUUAACAAGGUUGACAAAGAAGAUGCUCGGAUUGAUCAAGUAAAGGCAGACCUUGCUCGGCAUGGCGUCGAAAUCGAAGAUUAUGGCGGCGACGUCCAAGUUGUUUGUGUAAGUGGCAAAACCGGUCAGGGCAUGCCCGACUUGGAAGAGAGCAUCAUCACGCUGUCAGAGAUUCUCGACGUCCGUGCCGAGACCGACGACAUGGCGGAAGGCUGGAUUCUAGAAUCUAGUGUAAAACAAAACGGCAAGGCUGCAACGGUGCUGGUUAAGCGCGGAACUCUUCGGCCAGGAGACUUCAUUGUUGCUGGGAAAACCUGGGCCAGGGUCCGAGUCCUCCGCAACGAAGCUGGGGCUGAGCUUGUGGAAGCAGCCCCAGGCACUCCCGUUGAAGUAUUGGGGUGGCGAGAAUUACCAGACGCCGGAGAGCAGGUGCUGCAGGCACCUGACGAAGGCAAGGCAAAGACGGCCGUCCAGUACCGGCUCGAAAUGGCUGAGCGUGAGCAGAGCUCCGUCCAACUGGCCGAGCAGGAACAGCGACAGCGAGACAAGGCUGCUGCUGAAGACAAAGCAGAAGAAGAUGGAGACGCCCAUGCCGCCUCUGAACCUGGUAUCUUGUAUCAAAACUUUACCGUAAGAGCCGAUGUCGUUGGCUCAGUAGAGGCUGUCUGUGGCAGCGUCCUAGAACUGGGCAAUAAUGAGGUACGACCCAAGAUUCUUCGAUCGGCGGCCGGCCAGAUAUCAGAGUACGAUAUCGACCACGCAGCGGCCUCAAAGAGCGUCAUUGUCAACUUCAACGUUCCCAUCUUGCCCCAUAUCAAGCAGCGUGCAGAAGAGGCCAAGGUCAGAAUUCUCGACCACAAUGUCAUUUACCAUGUAGUAGACGACGCCAAAGCAGUCCUUUCGGAGCUUCUACCCAUCAACAUCACCUACCGCGUCAGCGGGGAGGCGGACAUUCUUCAGGUUUUUCCUAUAAAUUUGAAGAAGAGAGUUUUCAAGAAUAUCGCCGGGUGUAGAGUACGCAACGGGUCCAUUAAGAAAUCUUCCUUGGUCAAGGUGCUUCGGAAGGGCAAGGUUAUCUUUGAUGGUAACAUCGAUACCCUGAAGCACGUCAAGAAAGAUGUCAUGGAGAUGGGCAAGGGCACAGAGUGCGGCAUUGGCCUGGAAGGCUUUGAAGACUUUGAAGUCGACGACCAGAUUCAAACAUAUGAGGAAGUCAGGGAGAGGCGGAUAUUGUGA